CGGAGGAGCGCAGUACUCUUUUGGUCGUAAAGUCUGUAGCUCUCAUCGCUGCGUUUGUAUAAGCGAUCAAUCCAGAGCCACAGAGUGGAGAGCUCUUUGAAUUCUGUUUGGGACACGAUUAGCAUGGAUGCCCUCAGAGCUGCCGUCUUUGCCGUCCUCCUUGUUACCUGCCUGUGGGAUUUACCUUGUAUCCAGCCAGCUGCUAUUGUCCCUUCUCCGGUACCGAGAGGCAACAAGGGGGGCAGGAUGCCAAAAGAUGGGAGGAAGGCACCCACUUUUCUUAAAAAUAUAUUAGCAUCUUCUACCAGCCAAAGCCAUCACCACGAUCCGAUGAAACACGGUGCUGUUGUGCCCCACGAGUAUAUGCUGUCUAUUUAUAGGACUUACUCUGCAGCUGAAAAAAUCGGGAUAAACGCAAGUUUUUUCCGGUCUUCAAAGUCUGCUAACACCAUAACCAGUUUUGUGGACAGAGGACAAGACGAUCUAUCGCACUCUUCUCUGCGAAGACAAACAUAUCUGUUUGAUGUCUCAACUCUCUCAGACAAAGAGGAGUUAGUGGGAGCUGAAUUAAGGAUAUUUAGAAAAGUGCCCGGGGAUUUCCAAAUGGCUCACACAGGUCUGUAUGGUAUUCAGUUACUCCCCUGUCGUUCAAAACAGCUACCGGACUCAAGAACUCUUGAUCUGCAGGAUGCUCAGAGACCCGGAUGGGAAGUUCUAAAUGUCUGGGGAAUGUUUAAAAACCACCAACACUCACCACACAAGAACCAAGUCUGUUUCGAGCUAAAGGCUAAUUUAGGGACAUCAGAAAGGGAAGUGGACUUAAGGAAUCUUGGCUUCGGCAGGAAGGAGCGUCAGCAGCAGGAGAAAGCGAUUCUGGUGGUGUUCACCAGGUCCAAGAAAAGAGAAAACCUCUUCAGCGAAAUGAAAGAAAAAAUGAAGUCUUCUCAGAAUGAAGAAAAAAGCGAAUUUCGGUUCAAAACCAAGCGGAAGAGAAGGACUGCCUUUAAUAACCGUCAUGGAAAGAGACAUGGUAAAAAGUCCAAGUCAAGGUGCAGCAAAAAACCGUUGCAUGUGAAUUUUAAAGAACUGGGGUGGGACGACUGGAUCAUAGCGCCACUGGACUAUGAAGCGUAUCACUGUGAGGGCGUAUGUGACUUUCCCCUCAGAUCGCACCUAGAGCCAACCAACCACGCUAUAAUACAAACGCUAAUGAAUUCAAUGGACCCCAGUUCUACACCACCCAGUUGUUGUGUACCUUCGAAACUAAGCCCCAUCAGUAUUCUAUACAUUGACUCUGGCAAUAACGUUGUUUAUAAGCAGUAUGAAGACAUGGUAGUGGAAUCGUGUGGCUGCAGGUAGCAUUUUCCCCAAAGAGGUCGGGGGUCUAAAGUUAAAAUAUAAAAAAAGAAAUAAGGACGCCUGUGCAGGUCGACUUUGAAGGUGAAAACACUCUCCUAAACUGCUAAACUGACUAGAAGCACACCUUGGGUGCCUCUUGAAUAUCCAAAAGUGGUCACAAUUAAUUUAACGCAUUCUUUCAUAUGCGACAAGUAAAGAUAUCAAAAACAUAUUUAUUGCUCAUAUUUGAUAUUCAAUAUAAGCUCAAAGUUAGCUUUCUAAUAAUAGCCAAGCAUUUAUAAUAGUGAUUUUCUUUUUUUUUUGUUUGUUUGCUGGAUUGUGGAGACUCACCAGCAGUUACAUAAUCACAGAUAAAUACAUACAAUGUUUAUAGUUAUGUCACAUUGUGUUUUCAGAGUCUAUAGGUAUAUACUAUUCAGUGACAAACAUGGAUAUAUUACACUAUAAAUACCAAGAAACGGGACAGUCUUGAGUCUCCUGACCACCUUCCAGAAUUUGUCCAUACACACACGUCUGGAAAUGACGCAUUCUACAUUAGUUGAAAGCGCAUAAAGACUUUAUAAGCUUUCUUCGGAUCUGAUUCAAAGAGCACCAUCCAGAUCAGGUUGUGGAAGUCACGUCUGGAUAGGGAAGGAUUAUGUUGCUCCAUUCUCUGUUGAUUUUUGAGAGUGUACACAGGAUGCAAUAACAGGCACCUGUUCAAACUGAGACCAUUUAAGAUUAUGGGAAAAGCAAUAGUAGCAUUCCCUUUCAUUGGUCUGGCAUGCGGAGAGUAAUGGAAUCAGCCAGGAGUGAAGGCACCCAACCCCCCCCCCCCCCCCCCCUUCCCCAUGAAGUUUCUAUUCCACCUCUUCCUAAGAAUUAUCUACUGAUCUUUACUACCUGAAGGUAAUUUACCAAACAUAAAAAUCAAUUUUCUCUUAAAGCAGACCUUUCAUUCCCCUCGCCUCAACAGCAUUCCUGAAAGAUUACAGCACCAAAAACAAAAAAAAGCCUACUGCAACAACAAGUUUGUAAUUACACCAAUGGUAUUGCAAGAAACGUUUUGAUUUAAAAAAAAUAGAUGAGAAGUUCUGGACACCUAACAGGACAGAGGUUUUUUUGGACUUGCCUUAUAAACGUGUAAAUGUAAACCGUUGGACGAAAAAUAAUCAGCAAUCUUUGUGGGGUACUAGUGAUUGCCCAAUUCAGCUAUGGCGGUGUACAAACUAUGAAGACUUGAUGAAGUUAACGUUUACAAGACACACGUUUAUUUCCACGCCAAAAGAGCACUUCCACAUAUUAGUAACCUUUCACUUUCGUUGCUAAAGUGAUUUUGAAAAAAAAAAGAACUUGCCUUUUUUUUGCCACAGGUCAACUGCACCGUGAUCAAAGUAAAACAAAAAGAAAAGACUCGCCAAGGAGAAGAUAUUUAAAAUGCACAUGAGCUUUUAAUGCACUGUUGUUCAUAAUUUGAGCUGUAAAUAAUUGUAUAUUUUAACAAACAAGUGCAAAAAAUAGAGAAAUUAACAACUACGUUUCUUCUAAAUGUAUAGACCUUUUAUAUGCACUCAAAAAUGUUAUUUCUAUUUUAAUUUUUUUAUUUGAGUUGUACAGGGUUUAACGUUAAUCAUAUAUUUCAUACAUCGAUAAGAUUAUUUUUAAAUUGUUAAUUACUUGUAUUCAAUUCUGUACUGAGGGUGGAGAAAAGUUUAUCAUGGCCUACCUCAUAGUUAUCGUUUCUAGGGAAAUCUGAGGUACAUUCAUGUAGAGUGCAAAGUUGUUUUGCAGCAUAUAUUUUUUACUGGGUAAUAUUCCCCACUAUUACUGUACUAAUAAAAAGUAAAGCAAACAAAACGAAAAAAA